CGUCAUUUUCCACUAUGCUCACGCCCAUGUGAAGCUCUGCAGCUGCUAUUAGUGUCAAAAGUGUUAAACAGAAAGACAAGAUAACAACAUAUUAACCCGAAAACAUUUCUAUUGAAUGCAGCCGGUUGGUUCGUAACACAAAAUGGCGUCCAAAGCGGUUUAUUCGCAUAGAGAUCCGAUGCUGAAGAAGAGAGAUGACUUUGAGGACAUCCUGGAGGAGAGGAGGAACACCAGCGACCUGAGAUAUGCCCUCAGGUGUUACACUCCCGCUCUCUAUAAAGGACUGACUCCUUGCACAGCCAGCCAACUCAAAACCAUGGUGCUGCAGUCUGACCAGCUGCUUUAUGUCAUCAAUCAGGUUUCCAAGGAGACGGGCACGGCCACAGAUGAGAUCCAGUCGGAGGCGGAGGCCAUCUUGGAGGAGAUGGCUCACCGCUUGCAGCUUAGCACAAUCCGCUUCUUUGCUUUCACGCUCAGUAAAAUCUUUAAAACUCUGUUCAGGAGCAUCUGUGUAAACGAGGAGGGCAUCCAGAGAGUGAGUAGACCCAUCAGGGAGACGCAGAAUGAGGAAACAUGGCUAACUUUGAUCUGUUCUCAGCUGCAACAGACCAUCCAGGAACAGCCGGUGGUUCUUCUCCCGAGUCACCGCAGCUACAUGGACUUUCUCCUCAUGUCCUACAUCCUCUACACCUAUGAUUUAGCUCUACCAGUCAUUGCUGCUGGCAUGGACUUCAUGGGAAUGAAGAUCGUCGGGGAGAUGCUGCGAAUGUCCGGAGCUUUCUUUAUUCGGAGAUCGUUUGGUGGAGACAAACUUUACUGGACUGUUUUCUCCGAGUACGUCAAGAUCAUGCUGAAGAAUGGCUUUGCACCUGUUGAGUUUUUUCUGGAGGGCACAAGAAGCAGAACAGCCAAAUCCCUGACUCCAAAGUUAGGUCUGCUGAACAUCGUGAUGGAUCCCUUCCUGAAGGGGGAAGUGUUCGACAUCAGCCUGGUGCCGGUCAGCAUCAGCUACGAGCGGAUCCUGGAGGAGGCGCUCUACGCCAGAGAGCUGCUGGGCGUCCCGAAGCCCAAAGAGUCCACUUCUGGUUUGUUUAAAGCCAGGAAGAUCCUGAGUGAAAACUACGGCAGCAUCCACGUCUACUUCGGCCAGCCGGUUUCUGCCAGGAGUCUGGCUGAGGGCAGAGUGGACCGCUCCCAGUUCAACCUGACACCGCGGCACAUCCCCAGGAAGCCCUCAGAGGGAAUCCAGGACUUUGUGAACGACUCGGCCUUCAGGCUGGUCCGGUCCCAGGAGGAGAACAUGGUUCUGAAGCCCUGGGUCCUUCUGGCCGCCCUGCUGCUCCAGAACCAGGCUGCUGGGAACAAACUGGGAGUACUGGUGGAAGACCUGACUGAACAAGCCGUCUGGCUCCGGGAUCUGUCCCGCCAGUUUGGAGCCUUCCUUCACUGGCCCGACCACAUUCCUCCCUCCAGAGUCGUUUCCUCCAGCCUUUCCCUCCAUCGCAGCCUGGUGAGGGUCUCUGAGGGGAGAGUGCAGCUGAACUUGGAGCCAGGGUUUCCUCCGCCUGCGAUGACGCCGGAGGAAGAGCUCUUGAGCAAGGCAGUGGUGGUGCUCUCCUGCGCCUCCUACAGGAACCAGGUGCUGCACGUCUUCAUCCGGGCCGCGCUGCUGGCCUCCGCCAUCCACUCUGUCGCCGGCAGCAGGAAACAGGAGAUCUUCAACGCCUUCAGCUUCUUGAGGAACAUGUUUUCUAACGAGUUCAUCCUUCGUCCCGGAGCCGAAGUUCAGGACUUUGAAGAAGCUUGCUACCUGCUGGUGAAAAGCGCAGUUCUCCAGGUUCACCAGCAGGAGGUGCUGGUCACAGACAGGGGCCACCGGACGCUGGCGUUCCUCACCAGCAUUCUGGAUCCGUUUGUGCAGGGAUAUCAGAUGGUGUGCAGGUUCCUCUGUGAGGAGGCGGCGGAGAGUCUGACUGAGAAACAGUUUGUUCCUGGUGUCCGGAAGUUCUUCAUCAAACACCUUCUAACAGGAGGGUUAAAAUAUGUCGAGGUUUUGUCGUCGGACCUCCAGAAAAACGCUCUGGCAGCUUUACUGAGACUCGGAGCCGUGCAGAAACUCAGAGGAGGAGCAGAUGAGGGAACUCUGAAGGUCAACACGGUCAUGGUGAACUCCCUGGAAGACACUCUGGGAGGAAAGCUGCCGACUCAGAAGCCGCUCGCUGCUCGACUCUAAUCCGGAGACGCCGUCCAUCGAAGCAGACGAUCGGUGCAAAGCGGCGGGUUCGCUCCUCUGAACGAAGCGACCCGAUUGGCCGGUUGAACGGGCCGGGCCAGCCGCUUUCCUGGCGCCGGAACAAAAGAGUCGCAUCAGAACGCGACUGCAGCUGGUUUGUUUUUCUCUUCUCGUGUUUUCCAGGCUUUCAAAGAUGCUUUUUAUAAACCCGCAUUAACGGCGGAUUAACGAGGUCUGAAAAGGUUCAACAGAGAUCGUCUGAAUUCACUCAGUUUCUAUUCUUCCUUAUGCUUUUUAUACAAACGCUCUCACCCUCUGAGUGGCUUUUAGUUGUCAUUUGGAGCCACUUAUGGACCUACUAAUGCAGUGUGGUGUGGACCUUUACCUCUGACAGAUUUACUUUGUCUAUUAUUGAACAGCUUCAUUCAGAAGUUUGCAGACAGUCAUCAUUUAACCUUUUAGGGUGGAACAACAAAACUAUUAAAAACAGUGAUUUUUAGUAUAAUUUGGCUCCAUAACUCCAGAUUUAUGAUUUAUUUCCUCUAACUCAGACAGGUUUGUUUGAAGCUUUCUUCAUUUGACUUGGUUAAAUUUUAAUUCUGUCAGAGUGGGGAAACUCCCGUUGGUCUGAGGAUAGUUCAUACGCUUUGAUUUAGAUCGAGGUUUCCCAGCCAAAUUUAUCCAAUUUUAAACUGGUUUUCUUGUGUUUCAGGUCAUUUUUCUUGUUCGUUUCAAUUGGUUAUGUUGUUGUUCCACCCUGAUUAAAAAAUAAAGCUGUUUAAGUAACUCAAAAAUCCAACAUUCAUGCCUACGACUGCAUAUCUGACCAGAGCUGUAUUAAUUUAACUUUUGUCAGCCUUAUUUACUCUCACACUUUAAUAAAGUAGAGUUUUCUAUAUUUAAAAAACAGAACAAAACUGUAUUUUUAUUCAAACUGAGUCUGAUUUCCCAUCCACUUUGAGGCCUUUUCCCAGAGUGACAGAAAUUCAGCCAUGUUUGUUUGCACAGUGGAGAUGUUGCUACAAAAUUAAUGUCAGGUUCAACGUUCGCCAAAUGUUACAUGAACCUCACCAAAGAUGUUUGUUUCAGUUUUUUGUUUGUUAGGAUUCAUUUUUCGUACUUGGUUUUGAGUUGUAGGACUAUUUUGUUUUGCUACAGGGUGGAAACGGGGAGAAAACAUGAACAUUUACGGUGAAAUUUAUAAAAAUGUCACUAAAGCAGGGCGCUAUUAUUAAACUAGAAUCAAACUUGAUUUUUUAAAACAUUUUUCUGUAUUAAUGUUAAUUAUCUUGGAGGUUACUUAUUCGUUGAAUGCCUCAUAAAACAUCAGAUUCAGUUAUUUCUCAAAAUAAUCUGAACUGCUUUGUUGGCUGGUUAAAUAUUUUACCUUUGAGGCAAAACAAGGCAAAACUCACCAGUUAUAACAAUUUGUUCAGAUUUCUGCUGCAGGAGUUUAAAGCCUCAUACUUUGUAAGAUAAAUGUGGAACAUUUUUGUGCCGCAUAUUUAAUAAUCCGUUAACCAUCUUGGGAUAAAUGUUCAAAUAUCCAUGAACAGUCAUUGUCCUCCCAAGAUCCUAAGAAAAUAAGUCCAACUUCUCUCCCAUGUCAGCUGCUUUAAGGGCUUAGGAUGCUGAGGUGAGUGAACCUUCAUCGGUGCAGACAGAGCUUCUGCAUGGCAUGAUAUUAAGUGGUUACUGGGUAAUUACUGCAUUUUCUGAAGCAGUAAAUAUGGCAUUUGAGUUGGAAUGCUGCAGAAUUUUCAGUCUGAAUUAGUUAGAUAUGAAACUGCAUGUGACAGUAUAAAAUAUGGUGUUUAAAGAAGUAAUGCUGGAGCUUUGUUUACGUAAAGCGGCUUGUGAUAAAACACUACAUGAAUGCAAAGCAAAUGUAACAAAGCGGAGGUGCUUUUAAAACUUUAUCAAUUCAUAGAGAAAUUAUUGCAAAGUCAUAAAUGAUGUAAAGUUCAAGUUUAAAACUUGUGGGGAUCUAAAUCUGAAGUUCCCAAAAUUAGUUGGUCUGGUUUGUUUUUGUUUCCAAAAACCAACUUUUGAUUCAUCCAACAAACAGUGAAAGGAAAAUACCUUAAAUAUCACCGUUUAUGCUGAACUAUAAACAGAACCUGAAAAAUAUGAGAAAUUGCAUUAUUAUUUUUAUUAUAUUGAAGGAAAUCAGUCCUAAUACUUGUCCUGUCAAUUUUGCAAUAAUUUGAAAGAUCUGGGUGCUUUGUUUUUUGUUUUGCUUUUUUUCUUUCUUUCUUUUUCACGAUGACUUUAGGGUCAUUGUAGAUGGAAGAAAAGUAGAAAUUUCUGCCAGAAAAACUCAGAAAUUUUUAGACUAAUCUCAGAAAUUAUCUAGAAAUAAUCUGCGCUGGAAAAGUUCAAAAUUUGCCAGAAAAUAUUUUUAUUAUUAUUAAAAAAGUCUAAGAAGUCAAAAUCUUUCUAGAAAUAAACUCAGAAAUUUUGAGAUUAUUCUUACACAUUUUCUGGAAAAAGAACUUGGAAAUUUAUGAAUUUCAAAAUUAGUUUGUUUCAAAAUUUUUGGCUUUUGAAUGUCAGAAAUGUUUACGUUAUUCUAGAAGAUUUCUGAGAUUAAUCUCAAAAUUUCAGAUCUUUUUUCUAACACAUUUUCAACUUUUCAGAAAUGUCCAAGUUUUUCUAAUUUCUGACACUAAACUCAGAUUUUCUGAGUUUUCACCUGAAAUUGACUCCUUUCUUCUAUCUAGAACGGCCCUAAUUUGCUGUUGUAGUUUUUUGUUUUUUUACAUAUUUGCCGGGAAGAAUAUAUUUUCUAAAUUAAUCUGUUACCUUUUGGUUGCAUUUAUUCAGUUGAAAAGUAUUUCUGGAAGCUAAAUAUUUCCUAUUUGAUUGUUAAUGGAAGCAAAUAAAAUGUUUUUCUGAACUUUAAAUAAGCAGGAAGGAAAGAAUGUCCAGAAUUGCUCCAGCUUUAAAACUAGAUAAGAGUUUUGUUGUUUUCUGUUCUUGUUUUCAUCGAUCUUCACCUGAAAACCCUGCAGGAAGUGAACUCAGUCAGCAAAGCUGCAAAAUAUAAUCUAUACAUGAACAGCCAAAGUUCAGAUCUGCCAUAUUUGUGUGUUUUUGUUUAAGUUUUAUCCUGUGUGUGUUCGAUGUUGCAUUAACUGUGUUAAACUCUGAGGCUGAUGAGCUGAACAGCUUGUAAUAAAGUGUUUUAAAUAAA